UCUUUCUAAUCCCUUACCUGUCCUUCUCUCUAGUCUCACCCCCACCUAUAUAAGGCUUUUUCCCUCCAUGCCUCCCUGUUUUCUCAGAAACUCCAUGAAGGAAACCAGAGAGAGAGAACUUCCAAAACCCUCUCUAAUGGCAGAUUUCCAAGAUACUUCAUCUAUCUAAUUCACAGUUUGUGAGGUUCUGUUGAUUUGUAUAUAUAAAAAUGCCUGGAUUUGUUAUGGAUGGAGUAGAUGGGGACAAAGUCGUGAAUGGAUUGGAUUCAACAGUUAUGAAGGAAAAUUCAUCACUAAAUAAAUCACUGAAUAGUCCGUUGAGUACCAAAAGCCCUCAGAGUGAGGCUCUUGAUCUGCCCCUGGAGGACUGCAUCGAUACAUCCAUUGAAAGGUUGUAUGACAAUGUGUGUGAGAUGCAGAGCUCAGGUGAUCGAUCCCCAUCAAGGAUGAGCUUUGGAUCUGAAGGCGAGGAAUCAAGGAUUGAUUCCGAGUUACGGCAUCUUGUUGGAGGAGAGGCCAGGGUUGUAGAGAUAAUGGAAGAGGAAUCGUCUUCUGGAAAGGAUGCAGUUUCUAAGAAGGAAAAUGGAUCUACCAGUUUGAACCCCAGGAGGAUGGAUAAAACUAGAUCUCCUAGCACCAAGUCUGCAUCUUCGACACAGUCGAGGAGACCUUCUCAUUUGCAAUUAGACCCUGAGGCAUCAGUGAAAUCGAGUCCAAAAAGCAAAACAAACCAUGUGAAGUCUUCUAUUGAGCAACCAAGCGAUAAGAACUCAAGGAAACCGAGUCCUGGCGUUUUACCUGUAAAGAAACAGAGGAAUGCUGCUCUAGGAGGGUCAAAAUUAAACAACGGAACUGCUGAUCCGGAUGAAACUGGAUUAGAUAACCCAGAUCUUGGGCCUUUUCUACUGAAGCUUGCAAGGGAUUUGAUUUCUUCGGGUGAUAAUCCUCAGAAGGCUCUAGAAUUAGCGGUUCGGGCUGCAAAAUCAUUUGAGAUAUGUGCAGACGGUAAGCCCAGUUUAGAACUCGUGAUGAGUUUGCACGUCGUAGCUGCAAUUCAUUGCAGUUUAGGGCAGUACAGCUUGGCUAUCCCUGUUCUUGAACAUUCAAUUGAGAUUCCAGUGCUGGAUGAAGGCCAAGAGCACGCCCUUGCUAAAUUUGCCGGCUACAUGCAAUUGGGGGAUACAUAUGCGAUGUUGGGACAACUCGAAAAUUCGAUACAAUGUUAUACAGCGGGUUUGCAAGUUCAGAAGCAAGUCUUAGGAGAAAUGGAUCCAAGAGUUGGUGAAACUUGCCGGUACUUGGCUGAAGCCCAUGUUCAAGCAUUGCAAUUUGAUGAAGCUCAGAAGUUUUGCCAGAUGGCUCUUGACAUCCACAGAGAAAAUGGCACGCCUGCUUCUCCUGAUGAAGCCGCAGAUAGGAGGCUCAUGGGUCUUAUCUGUGAAGCAAAGGGAGACCACGAAGUGGCUCUUGAGCAUCUUGUGUUGGCUAGCAUGGCCAUGGUGUCCAACGGCCAGGAAAUGGAGGUGGCUUCUGUGGAUUGCAGCAUUGGGGACACGUAUUUAUCUUUGGCUCGGUAUGAUGAGGCUGUUUUUGCAUAUCAGAAAGCGCUUACUGUGUUCAAGUCUAGCAAGGGAGAGAAUCAUCCAGCUGUUGCCUCGGUUUUUGUUCGUUUAGCUGAUCUGUAUAACAAGACCGGGAAACUAAGGGAAUCGAAGUCGUAUUGUGAGAGUGCCCUACGUAUUUAUGGAAAGCCUGUUCCUGGGACCCCCAGUGAGGAAAUUGCAAGCGGUCUCACUGAUGUCUCUGCAAUCUAUGAAUCUAUUAACGAGCCUGAGCAAGCACUCAAGUUGCUUCAGAAGGCCUUAAAGAUUUACAACGACGCCCCUGGUCACCAAAGCACUAUUGCAGGAAUCGAGGCACAGAUGGGGGUGAUGUAUUAUAUGAUCGGGAAUUAUGCUGAUUCUUAUACCUCUUUUAAGAAUGCCAUUGCAAAGCUUCGGGCAAGUGGGGAGAAAAAAUCUGCAUUCUUUGGCGUUGCUCUGAAUCAAAUGGGCCUUGCGUGCGUUCAGCGCUACGCAAUAAAUGAGGCUGCAGAUCUAUUUGAAGAAGCCAGGAGUGUCUUAGAACAAGAGUAUGGACCGUAUCACCCGGAGACACUUGGAGUAUAUAGUAAUCUCGCAGGAACUUAUGAUGCAAUGGGCAGGUUGGAAGAUGCAAUCGGGAUUCUGGAAUAUGUGGUGGGGAUAAGGGAGGAGAAGCUAGGGACAGCUAACCCAGACGUGGAUGAUGAGAAGAAGAGGUUGGGUGAGUUAUUGAAGGAAGCUGGCCGGGUCCGGAACAGGAAACCCAAAUCAUUGGAAAAUCUUCUAGAUAACAACUCCCAUGCUGUUAGGCGAGAUGCCAUUAAGGUAUGAUGGAUAGUGAUGAUAACGACGGUGUACAAUAGGAUAUUUAAAAGAGUGGGGUUGUGGGCAUUUUGAUUACUGUCAGCUACUUGGGGGGCAUUGAUUGCAAUAUUCAUUAUGUUAUUGUUGUUGGAGAUUUGCUAGAAUAUAUCCUGAUGUAUCGCGGUAGGAUAUGUUGGGACUAUAGGAGUUGGAUCUGGCGACGAGUUCGGUGAUCCAAGCCCUUUGCAAGAUAGGCCCCACUGGCAAUUGGAUGCCUAAUAAUGAAACUCUCUGGUUGGAUACUUUUGCACUUUUAUCAUCAACUGUAUUCCAGUGAAUACCGACCGUUGCUUUGUGGGCCAUUGGUUCAAAAGUCUAGGAUUUUCCAAUCUUGUAGAUAUUUGAGGCAGCCAUUUCAUCAUUAUAUUUCAUUGAAUCAACAGUUUGGAUCGCUGAAUAUGACCCAUAUCUGACGGCUACAGUUCCAAUGUACCCCUACUGCAGUAUGUUGGGAUUUAGUCUACCAAACCUCUGGUUGUUAUUGUUAUUAUUAUUUUUCCAGUUAUACUGUAUUGGUUCUUCAUUUUUUUGGGGUUUAAUGAAAGUUCCUUUGGCCA